AUGCUCUACGAACUGAUUGCCAUUGUCCGACCAGGCAGCCUCUUAGAGGUGAAGGAAAUCGCCCAAACCGUCGGUUCCCUCGUCCUCAAGAAUGGUGGAGUCGUCCGCGGUCUCGCCAACUGGGGUGUCUUCUCGCUACCCAAGCCCAUCUCAGUGCAUCAAAUGAAGCACACCCACGGCCACUACUUCGUCAUGCGAUACGACGCCGCCGCAAAGGUUCACCACGAUGUUCGCAACACACUGCGUCUCGAGCCACGUAUGAUUCGUGCCGCACAUGUCAAGCUCGGAGACGGAAAGCUUGAGUCCCUCUCCAGAUUCGGCCCGCCCAAGUGGAAGACGACAGGCAGCGAGGCGUAA